AUGACCAUAAACAUUCUCAGUCUGCAUCGGGAAGUUUCCAGAGCAUCGUUUUCAAUUCUUUUUUCCGAAGAACUUGGGACACUGAAGAGAGACGAAUUUAUCCGGCCCUCCCCAAUAAUUUCAUCUCGAUCCGCAUCCAAGUGCUUCAAGCAGGAUUUCAGCAUAGAAGCCAUUACAAUCCGUGGCAGCCACCUCGUUCGUGUACACCUUGACACCGAGGACUACACUGAGGGAGAGGAAAUGGUUGAGGAUGAAGAGCACACUGAAGGAGAGGAAAUGGCUGAGGAUGAAGAGUACACUGAAGGAGAGGAAAUGACUGCGGACGAGGAUUUCACUGAAGAAUAA